ACCGUCCACGGACACACGAGACGAGUACUUGCAAGCAAGAUGGCGUCGUACGAGGGUCACGCUACGAAAAGAUUAAGAACCGAAAAUGAUGGUAGAGGAAUAACAUCAGCACAAUCUGAUAACUAUGAAGACCCACACAAACCCUCUCCGUCUCCAGUGAUCCAUGUACGUGGGCUGUCAGAGAGAGUCAUUGAGAAUGAUUUAAUUGAAGCACUGCAGCAUUUUGGAACUAUUGGGUAUGUGAUUAUGAUGCCCAGGAAAAGACAAGCACUAGUGGAGUUUGAUGAUAUCAAUGGAGCCAUAAGUCUGAUAAAAUAUGCACAGACUAGUCAGAUCUAUGUGCAAGGAAUGCCUGCAUUUUUCAACUAUUCUACCAGUCAAAAGAUACAAAGGUCCGGUGGCCCAGAUGAUCCAAAGGCUGCCAACAAGGUUCUGCUGAUAACAGUUCUCAAUCCACAGUACCCUAUUACAGUUGAUGUGUUACACACAAUCUGCAGUCCUAAUGGCCAGGUCCUCCGUAUUGUUAUCUUCAAGAAGAAUGGUGUGCAGGCUAUGGUGGAAUUUGACAGUAUUGAAUCUGCUCAGAGAGCCAAACAAGCUUUGAAUGGUGCUGAUAUUUACUCUGGUUGUUGUACUCUCAAGAUGGAAUUUGCCAAGCCUACCACAUUGAAUGUGUAUAAAAAUGACAGUGAGAGCUGGGACUACACCAAUCCUAAUCCUGGAGCAAAUAUUCCUCAGGCCCCCAAGAGUAAGCCGCUUUUGGAGACACCCAAGGGAUAUGGGCUUGCUCCUCAACCAUACACAGGAAGUGGUGGACCAGGGGCACCUCCACCUCCCCCAGCUGCUAGUAACUAUGGUAUGGAGGGGGAUGGCUAUGACUACUGGGGUGGUGGAUAUGGUGGCUAUGGCAACCAGCAGUAUGGUGGACAGGGAGGACGGUACGGACAGGUAAACUCAUGGGAUCCCUAUGGGCGUGCCCCCCUUCAGCCCACCCCUUAUGGCCGCGGUGGGUCAGAUGGCUAUGGUCAGCAGGGCUAUGGUCAACAAGGGCCCCCAGGGGCCAAUGUCCCUGUCCAGGGGGCAGUCAUGAUGGUGUAUGGACUGAAUAGCGAGAAGAUGAACUGUGACAGGAUCUUCAACUUGUUCUGUCUGUAUGGGAAUGUGGUCAGGGUGAAGUUUCUGAAGAGUAAAGAUGGAGCAGCCAUGGUUCAAAUGGGAGACGCCUCGACAGUAUCAUCAGCUAUUCAAAAUCUCAACAACACAUUUUUCUUUGAAAACAAACUGCAGCUUGGUUAUUCAAAGCAAGCCUUCCUGCAGGAUGUGCCUAACCCCCAUGACCUGCCUGACGGCACGCCAUCCUUCAAAGACUACAUGGGCAACAGAAACAAUAGGUUCACUAACCCAGAGGCAGCCAGUAAGAACAGAAUUACUCCACCAGCCAAGGUUCUUCACUACUACAAUGCACCACCACAUAUUACAGAGACUGAGAUAAAAGAGACAAUUGCAGCUGCAGGUGCAAAGCCACCCAUGAGAGUGAAACAAUUCCCAGCCAAAUCUGAGCGCAGUUCUACAGGUUUGAUAGAGUUUGAGGCCAAGGCUGAUGCCAUAGAGGCUUUGGUCUGUGCCAACCAUGCAGAGAUUCCUAAUCCAAAUGGCAAGCACCCAUAUGUGUUCAAGCUGUGCUUUUCUCAAACGCCCAUCCUGGAGUAGAUGUGUUGGUGUUCUUUGCACAGCCAAAAUGUGGAUUAGAUAUACCAUUGUUCAUAUCUGUAAAUUUGGCAGCAGUUAUAUUAGAUGUGAAUGAAUGGAACAUUUUAAGAAAUCUAGAUCGAUUGAUGCACAUUUUGCAGCAUUGAAACAUGGCCUUGGUGUGUUGUAACACCUGGCAGUUUUAGUAGCACAAACUUCAGUGAAGAGGCACUAAGUGGUUAUUUUAAUGAAAAACAGUUCUUUAGAGUAAAGUAUUUUAACACUGGGAAUCAUGCUAUUUGUAAAUACACAUCAGAGCAGUUCAUUGGGGUCAGCAUUUUUAAAAUUUGGUUCAGUAAUUGAGAAAAAGGGCAUUUUAAUUAAAAUUAAUAACAAUCUGAUAACCGAAUUUUUUGCAGUUGAUAAAGAUAAUAAUUGGUUGCUUCAAUUGUUGAAAUAUCAAUAGAAAUAAGUUGCAACAGUUUUGUUUAUAAUUUUCUAUUUGUACUAUUUCCCGAACAGUUGUUUAACUGGGAAGUAUUCAGAGCGCUGCAGCAAAUUGAGCUGAGUAGAUAAAUUAGAAGUAUUUUAUAGGUGACCACAUAUAAAACAUUUCUUGUUUAAUGUUUUUAUAUACCGUUCAUGUAACCUGUCCGUUUGGUAUAAAGAAAAGUAAAGCGUUCAGUUCA